AUGUUAGCAUUAUGGCAAACAAAUAUUUUCAUUUUUUUGUUUAGUUUCGACUGGAAUGAUGGCCUGUUUGAUGUGACGUGGAGUGAGAAUAAUGAACAUGUGUUGAUCACUUGUAGUGGAGAUGGAUCUCUGCAAAUCUGGGAUACAGCUAAAACCAAAGGUCCACUGCAAGUCUAUAAAGAGCACACUCUGGAGGCAUAUAGUGUUGACUGGAGCCAAACUAGAGGAGAGCAGCUAGUGGUGUCUGGUUCAUGGGAUCAAACAGCCAAGCUGUGGGAUCCAGCUGUGGGGAAGUCAUUAUGCACUUUUAAAGGCCAUGAAGGGGUCAUUUACAGCACUAUAUGGUCUCCACACAUCCCAGGUUGUUUUGCAUCUGCCUCAGGUGAUCAGACUUUAAGAAUUUGGGAUGUGAAAGCCCCGGGAGUCAAACUUGUGAUACCAGCCCACCAGGCUGAGAUCUUGAGCUGUGACUGGUGCAAAUAUGAUGAGAACUUGCUGGUAACUGGUGCAGUUGACUGUAGCUUAAAAGGCUGGGAUUUGCGGAACAUCCGGCAACCAGUGUUCGUCUUGCUGGGUCAUACCUAUGCUAUCAGAAGAGUAAAAUUUUCACCAUUCCAUGCAACCUUAUUGGCCUCUUGCUCCUAUGAUUUUACUGUAAGAUUCUGGGACUUCUCCAAGCCUAAUCCUUUGCUGGAAACAGUUGAGCAUCAUACUGAAUUUACAUGUGGACUGGAUUUAAGUCUUCACAACCGUGGUCAGGUGGUGGACUGUGCUUGGGAUGAACUGGUCAAGAUCUAUACUCCAUCAUGUCUGGCAGUUCCUGUUUAGAGGAAAAGUGAUGAUCUCACACACCAGGAACCUUUCUCUCUUUCAGACUUGUGCUAAAGUGUCAACUGUAUCACUAAUCUUAGUGUCUCUUUUUAAGUAAAACUGCUUGAAUGGAGUGUUGUGCACUUAAACAUGUGGAGAUUUUAGGGCUUGGUUUACUGUACGGGUAGUACCUGAACUAGCAAAAUGUUCAACAGCCACUGAAUGGCUGAAGAGUGGCCAUAGCAGAUAUGAGUGGUGUCUUUAGAAUCAAGUCACCAAUGCAGUUUUGUGAUCUGUCUGGCUAAUGAUGAGAGCAGAGGCCUGAAUCUUCUUGUUCGUUAUAAAGAAUAAAAGUAACUGGCAGUGUAUUUUGAUAAUGUCACUGUAGAAAAGAAAAGAAAGGGGGGAAAAAAAGAAAAGAAAAUAAAGGCUUUUUCACUGUAAAGUUUGUAUCACUCAGAUGCAUUUAUAUGUUUUGCUGUGACUCAUGUUGCAUUAUUUUCUUUUGCAAUAUGAUGAAUACUCUUGAUUGACAGUAAAUGUCGUAGUUUAUAGCCAGCUGAUUCAUUUGACCUUUCUGAUUGCUGCUUCAAAAAGAUGAUAAAGAUUAUUUUCAUAUAUUUUUUCUGUUAGAUCUUCUUGAGUAAAACGAUUGAUGAAGUUAUGUGGAAAGAUACUCUGAUAAUAGAGAAAAUGCUUAGGAAAAAAAUGAAAUAUAUACAAAACUAAUUGGAUGACAAUCCUCAAGAUUUAGAGAUAGGGCAGCCAUCUCUUCUAUUAGACUUGUCUUUUAUUUUCAUUUAGGAAGUUUUUCCAAGAAGUAGAAGAGGAAUGUGACCAUAUAUUCAGUGUUUCUGGACCGCUGACAGCUCAGCCAAAGGGAGAGCUGAUGUCCAGACCAACUGAACCUAUAUAUAUAUAUAUAUAUGUAUGUAUGUAUAUAUACAUAUAUAUAUAUAUGCAGAUCAACUACAUGACAUAAACAUAGCAGAUCCAGCAUGGCCAAACUAUUACACAUAUUAUAAUAUACCCAACAUGUUAUAGGUACGUUGAAUACUUCGCAUUCCCGUUUUGAGUCCUCAGCCCACAUGCUGGUAUUUUCAUCUAAGUUUUCUCGGGCAAAUAGAGAUGUUCAGUUGUUACACUUCCGCAGUCACCUUUGAAUAGUCUUUUAGGAUCCAACUGUGGUAGUACUGCAGUGCUCAUUGGUAUAUGUUAGGCUUCUCUCCUGGUUUGCUGCUAGCCUUUUUUUUUUUUUACCUUCUUAAAGCCAUCUCCCUUCUGCUGUUAACCCACGUCAACUAUCAUUACCAUCAAAAGACUCUUUGCAGGUCAGGUCUUUGCAGAUCUUUGGUCAGGUUUUCAUAGUCUGCUGUUAAUGAAUGCUGUACACUUCUGGGUUGCACCACUCAUAGAUCAAGCAAUAGCAGACACUUCCAGAUCUGCUGGAUGCUUUGAAGCAAUGAAAGGAAGAAUUCAGCUGAGCUAAGACCUGAAGUUGCAGGGAAAGAAUGGAUCUUCUGUCCUGGGGAAGGAGCUGGGGAACUAGCAGGUAUCCACAGGGAGACAUUCAUAUAUUGAUUUGAUGUAUAGGACAGGACAGGGAGAAACUUUCUUCUACAACAGAUAAUUUGGAUCCCAAUAGGAUCUUGUAUUUUUCUGAGUCAGUGCAAACUGCCCCCAAAAUACCAUCUUUUUGAGCUGAAUUAAUAACAAAAAGUUGAUUUUCUUUUUUUUUGUAACAUUGUGCUGCACCAAAUCCCCAACAUUUACUGCACUUUAAUUCUUUGUGCUGAGGAAUAAUGCAGCAAUAAAGCUGUGCUGCAUGCAGCUUUCAGCAGUACCAUGGGCCAUAAAAUCUAAUUUCAGGCAUUAAAAUUGAUUAUUUCGACUUCAAUAGUUACUCCACUCUUCUGUUUUAUCUCACUUUUCUGCUUUGACUUCAGCUUACUUGUUAAACUGGAACAUUUUGGUGGUGGGUGUGUAUUUUAUAUGCAUGUUUCUGGGGGGACAGAGGGAGUGGGAUAUUCCAGAAUGCUGCCAUAGCAUAGUUGGAAGGAAAAAUUUAGAAAACCUAGUGCAGGGGAAAAAAUAAUGGAAUUCUGAACAUGCACACUUAGCACAUAGAUUAAACCUUUCCUCAACUGCCUUCUCUGCCCUCAUCUCUAGUUAGCUUCAGUGCUGAGGGUUGCUGCAUCCAGAUUUAAUUCUCUUGAAAGAUGAGCACGUCCAGAAGAUGCACACAGUAAAUAAAAACUGUGGCCUUUAGUCUUCCUGUGUGGUCUUUGAAUGAAGAGAAUGCGCUGUAACAUUUCUGCACUGUAACAGAAAAAAAACAAUCUGGCAAUAGUUGUUGCUGAUUCUUAAUUCUCAGGGAAUAUUUGCUAUAGUUGUUUUAAAGAAAUAAUUUUUAUUUUAUGACCAAAAUAUUAGCUUCCAAUCUUUUUUUUUUUUGUCUACUGAAACAUUGUUUAAUGACAACAAUCUAAAAGAUGUAACAUGUUCUACUUUUAAACUUGCUCCUGUGGAAGACUUUGGUUUUUUGGAGUCUGUGGGUUUCUCUUUGGUUCAAGAAAUAUACUGAUUAACCAAGUUCUUAAAGAGUGGAUUAAAGAGUGGAUUUGUUGUUCUAUAAUGCUAUUAAAUUAAUUGCACACAGUA